GGGCACGCGCUGUAUAGCGCCGGAACGGGUUGCGCGCGCAGAGGACAGAAGCGUGGCCACCGAGAGCCAUAGUGAGUGGGUCUUCUUCAAUGACAGUGGAUCUUCCCGGAACGGACCUAAAACAGGGGUCCUUGGUUCUAUUUCGUUGACGCCGCGAGGAAUUGGUAAAAAGCUGUAAGCCGUGCAAGUUUCCAAGCUUUGAGGAUGCUGGUGGACAGCACGAACGCUUUCAUUGAUUAAUGGAGUCCAAAAGCAGAGCAACUCGUGUUCCGCUGGUGCGCUUAGACAUGGGGCGUUGAAAAUGCCCUCCGUACCUGGACUGACCAGCUGCCAUCUAGACAGGAGAUCCGCCUAAGGAAUGGAACAAUAGUCUGAGCUGAUAAACGCAGGGUCGCCCAGUCUAGCUCGCACCCCUAACCGCCCGCGCCGUCGGGCUCCCCUCCUCGUGUGCCUUGGGAAUCUGUCAGUGAAGAAAAAAGGGAGAAAAUGCCAUUCCAUCAUGUCACUGCUGGUUUGCUGUACAAGGGUAAUUACCUGAGCCGCUCCCUGUCUGAUGGAAGUGAUAGUGAGCAGUUGGCUAACAUUUCAGUGGAAGAACUGGAUGAAAUUCGGGAAGCCUUCCGCGUUCUUGAUCGUGAUGGCAAUGGGUUCAUUUCUAAACAGGAACUUGGCAUGGCCAUGCGCUCUCUGGGGUACAUGCCCAGUGAGGUGGAGCUGGCAAUCAUCAUGCAGAGACUGGAUAUGGAUGGAGAUGGCCAAGUGGAUUUUGAUGAAUUCAUGACAAUCUUGGGUCCAAAACUUUUGUCUUCCGAAACAAGGGAAGGCUUCCUUGGCAACACAAUUGACAGCAUAUUCUGGCAGUUUGAUAUGCAACGGAUAACUCUGGAAGAGCUCAAGCACAUCCUGUUUCAUGCCUUCCGGGACCACCUCACGAUGAAGGACAUAGAGAAUAUCAUAAUCAAUGAAGAGGAAAGUCUGAAUGAGACUUCUGGUAACUGUCAGACAGAAUUUGAAGGAGUACAUUCCCAAAAGAAGAACCGGCAGACCUGCGUAAGGAAGAGCCUCAUCUGUGCAUUUGCAAUGGCCUUCAUCAUCAGUGUCAUGCUUAUUGCAGCCAAUCAGAUACUUCGUAAUGGUAUGGAAUAGACUUGCACCCAAGACCACUGUGAACUGGACCUGGAACUGCAUGUGCAUGCUAAUGGGUGAAUUCCUUUCCUUCCUUAUUAAAAAAGCAAACACACACUAGGAUGUGAACUCUACUGAUGAUUUAGCAGCUGAACAAUGUAAAGCUGAAGUACAGGAAAAUAUUUCAGGAGAAGACUGAAGCCAGCACUGCACCGCGUCUAAAUCUUUCUGGCAGGGACUCUAAAGGGCUGUCUCAAUGCUUUAAUGGUAUUUAGGGUUUCUUUUUCUAAUGCAAUAAAGUACAGGAGCUCUGAAUUAUCUCUCCCAUGUUUCAUUCCAUUGAUGCUAAGUGCUAUUCAUAAAUGAAGUGAUACCUCCUCCUCCUCCUCUGCCUUCCCUCACCUAAUCUAUGGACAAACAGUGAAAGCCAUCUUUGUGAUGGCUUAUCAUGGGCAAUAAGGCUGUCGUGGUUUAUUGCAUACAGUCUUAAGAGUUUUCAUUUUUUUUAUUAGACAUAGCACUAACUGACAUAUUGAAAUGGGUUUCCUCACUGAAUGUAGGACUGUUUCCAUGUGCUAAACGGUCUUCAGAAAAGGCAUCAUAAGGCGGAUGUCAGGCCUCUGCCAACACAAUCUGAUUAAUGACAUUUUUUAAUUGCUGAAAUGUAUUUUCUCAGGGUGCCAUGCAGGCAAAUAGGCUUCAUUUGCUGCUGCACUGCAUCUAACUGAACAGGAAUGGCUGACCUUGUUUGGACACCCUUGCUUGUAGCUGCAUCUAGUGCAGUCUGGGAUUGCCAUGAGGCUGGGAGGAGCCAAAUGUGACUUGGUAGCUCCAAGGCACUAUGCUGUCAUGGCCUGUCUUGUUGCAUGGGUUUGACCUGAUCACCUGCCCUGUUAGCGCACUGCUUGAGUUGCGCUCUCCUCAGAAAUUCAGUUUUCUUCUACGGACAUUAUCGAAUUUCCCAAGAAAACAAAAUCUGUUCUACUUUUUCUUCUUGCCAUUAAUACAGAUCUGAAAUCUCUACCCUCAUUGUACUAAAUGCUACAGUUUAUUAAAAGCAAUGAUAAUUUUUCUGCUCUACAAAAAUUAUACCAGUUCAGGAAUCAUUUUAUGUAAUCUGUAGUAUAAAAUGCUCCCUCUGCAGUUAUUGUAUUAUGUUUAUUGAUUUUUCAGCUUCUAUCCUGUUUGUGUUAUGUGUGUUUGUACUCGUAUACAGUAUGUGGACUUUGCAUUUGAGUAAAGAUUUCUCCAUAUUUACCUCUGAGAAUGACACAGUGUGUGACAGUGUCACCACACAGACAUGGCAGUGGCUUUGAUGACAGCAACUCUGUUUUUGGAGCCUCAAUUUCUUACAAAUUUGAGCUGGAGUCUUCUCAGGAGACAUGGGAUCCGCUCAGUGGGCAUCACAUAUAUAGCCAUUGUCACAGCUUGUCAUCAUGUACAGUGCGGCUGUGUUUGUGUACCCCACCAGUGAUGGGCCACACAUCCACAUCUAUCUAAACAAAUGUUAGGACUCACAAUGCAUUUUUUCAGUUCUGUUUGAGCUGUUUAGCCAAUGUGAACCAUUUAUUUUCUAAACCCACUUAUCCAGAACAAGGUCAUGGGGUAAACUGGACUCUAUCCCAGCAAGCAUCAGGCGCAAGGAAGGAACAAUCCAUGGACAGGACACCAGUCCAUUGCAGAGUGAACACACACACACAAAUCGGGACCAACUCAGCAUCAUGAAUCCACCUAACCUGCAUGUCUUUGGACUAUGGUAGGACAUACAUUAGCACAUGGAGAGGGCAUGCAAAGUCCACACAGGGAGCACCCAACAUUGCACUAUGGGACUUGCAUUUUUUAUUAGUAAAUUUGUAUGUACUUAGGUGAAGUAUAUUCUGUAGAAACUUAGACAUGCAUAAUACUA